CUGACCUAGCUCCGCCUCCUUCUAGUUACACAUCCAGGAGAACCUCCGUCCCCUCGCAGGUACGCAGCUAGCAUAACCUUCUCCUCCUUCAAGCUAUUUGACCUAGCUAUCAUCACCGAUUCCUUCCUCUGACCUCCGACCUAGCUCCGCCUCCUUCCAGUUACACAUCUAGGAGAACCUCCGUCCUCUCGCAUGUACGCAGCUCUCCUCCUUCAAGCUAUUUGACCUAGCUAUCGUCGCCGAUUCCUUCCUCUGACCUCCACCCCUGACCUCUGACCUCAGACCUACGCCUCCUUCCAGUUACUAGGAGAACCUCCGAUUCCAAUCUGCUAUUAAGAGUAUCUACAAUUGCAAUCCUGACAAGCUCCAAGUGGUAACUUUCGAAAAUGGCAAACAAAAGAAUGCGAAAGCUAAUCCAAAAUAGCCAAAGACAAUCAAGGAGAGAAGAAUCAAGUAACAGAGGAGUUGAUGAUGGAAAUGAAUCACAAUACACAACAUCCCAUUCACCAUUGGAGAUACAAAAUGAGGAGGCUAAUGAGCAAGUUGAAAAUGAGGUCAUGUCUUCAUCCCAAAGUCAGCAAAGAAAACGUGGCAAGACUAUUUUGAGAGAUAUUCACGCAUUACAUCCUGAUCAUAUGCUCGUUGUUCAAUUCAAUGAAAGGGGACAACCUUACGGUGAUUUACAACCAACGCUUACAAAUUUUAUUGGAACUAUUGCACGGAAUGGACUUGUGUUGCCCCUACACUUUUUAGAUUGGAGAAAAAUGCCGACAAAUCGCUUGAAUGAUGCAUGGAAACUUGUUACCGCACGUUUCUAUAUCCCCAAUCACCAUAGAAGAGUUAUAAUGCAAAUGAUGGGGGCCGCAUGGAGACGGUGGAGGAUUGAAGUGAAAGCUACAUCUUAUGAUUCAAAUACUCCACUAGAAGAGCUUGUUGCAAAACAACCCAUUCCUAUGGAUUGACACCUCAAACUUGGGAAGUUUUAUGUAACUAUUGGAAGUCUACUGAGAAAACUUCAAAAAUCAAUAGAGAAAAUGCAAACAAAAAGAAAGGGACUCAUGCACAGGGACGCACUAAUAUUCCGUCAUUGGAAUAUAAAUUUUCUCAAGAGAAUGGUAGAAAACCAAGUCGUAUUGAAUUACAACAAUUGAGUCGGAGAAGUAGAAAGAAAGGAGGUGCCGCUAUUGACGAUGAGGCAAAUACGAAUUGAGAAUUUACUUAAAGAGGUUGUAGAUCGGCUCCUCCAAGAUAAACUUGAAGGAAAACAACCACUGGAAGUCCAUGAGGAGGCAUUUCGUGAGGUUUUUGGACCUGAACAUUCUGGUCGGGUACGUGGUUUAGGAGCUGGUGCGUUGCCUAGCCAAGUGUUCCCAAAGCAAUGUAAACACAGCUCAAUGUAUUGGCAAGAUUAUCACUCAAAUUCAGAUUUGACAGACAAAUUUAAGGAAAUGAAAGAGAAAAUUAAAGAUAUAGAGUUGCGAGAAGCACAACGACAAACAGAAAUAGAUCAAAUGAAAAAACAAAUGCAAGAAAAUGAUCAGUUCCAAAAUUUUGCACGAGUAAUGUUAAGUAUGAUGUCGGGAAGUGUUGGGGGCUCUCGUGGACCCGAAUUAUUACCCGCACAAAAGAAGAUAGGUGUAGAUCCUCCCCAUCACCAGAAUCAGAUAAUAACUAGAGAGGUUGCUAUUGAAGGUUGGAGCAAAUGGAUUUUGUCGCUUGAAGCACAGGUCUUUUGUCGUUUGGAGCGCAUGCCUUUUGUUGUUUGGAGCAUAUGCCUUUUGAUGUUUUUUUUGGUAGAGAAAACUUGUUAUUGAAAGUUGUAUAUAUUUUGGAGAUUGAAGAAGAUAUUGUGUUUGUGUUGUAGUGUGGAGUUAAAUGUUAUAUGUUAUGAAUAUUUUGAAAUGAAAUACAAAUUCUAUGCGUUGAUUUGGUAAUGAAA